AUGGACACCCUCCUCCGGCGAUUGGACGAUGUGAUGAAAGAGCGGAACGAUGAGAUAAAAGAGCAGCUCGAUCAAGUCGCGCUACAACAGGAACGCCUUUUCGCACAGCUGAAAAGUCAUGCUGUUUCCAUCAGCGAGCAAAAGCAGUCGUGGAUCAAGUUCCACAACAACAUAAACCGCUUGAGCAAUAUUGUCGACGCCCUAGGAAACCCCACAAAUGACGACGGCAGCCGCACCGUGGAUUCCAUCAGCCCUAGGAUCUAUGUCUCUCUCAAGAAUGAACUGGACUAUCUAAGAGUGAAGAACAUGCCGUCUCACCAAGUCGUAAAUAGUUUGAGAGCGCAAAAGGGAGCUUACUACCACAUCCGAGCUAGCCAUGUGAACGACAGAAACCCCGGCAAGCGUGAGCUCGUGCUCACCCUGGAUUCUUGGACGGCACACGAUGAUUUCAUCAAUAAGAAUAACUACGAGCCAUUGCGGAGGGCGUUAGGCACACCGAAAAAACCUCUAAGCUUCGAUUGUAGGUCCGUGGAGCGAACACACUGGGUUUCUUUAACUGGUUGGACUCUUCCAGACAAGACAGUUUUGAACAACUAUACUGCCGAGGAGGAGAAAUUUUACAAGGCAAAAUGGAGCGAAGAGAACGAUGGUCUUAAGAUCGACAAGCUCAAAUUCUCCAAUGGAACUUAUCUUCUCUGGGGCUUCGCAACCGUCGCCGAGGCCUUCAAAGCCUGCAAAAGUCCCCUAUAUUUCGAGGGUACUGUUGCAAUUGGAAAGUGGGUCGCAUCCGGUAAUCCUACAAUAUCGCUUUGCUAA